AUGGCCACUUCUCGUCACUACUAUCAACCCGCCGCCUACCCUAUCCAUGCGCCUUCGAAGGCACCGGCACCAGCGGGUCUUUACCCCAUUUCCAGAGUGCCUGGCUCCCCGCCGAGUCUUUCUGAUGCAAGCACUACUGCUGGCAGUCGUUCGUCCGGCGGACUCACUUUCAGCUCCGCUGGCGACUAUGAAUCCACCUCUGCAUCGUACUCUGGCGUCGAUGUCGUCGAUGUCCUGAGUGACCGCAUGCAGAAUGCAUUUGAUCCAACACCAUUGGACAAGGGCCUGGCAAGACAGGCACAAACCUCGGGCCAGCUAAACGCAAAGCAACAAGAACUGCUAGAACUCCAAGCCCUAGCUCAACGACGUCUGAAAGGCGCACGAGCCAAUUUCUCCGAAGGCCUGAAAACAGCCCGAGAAACCAAGCGCGAUCUAGAAUGGACACAAAAGCGCGUAAGUGCGCUCAAAACCAAGGCUGAGAAGGCUCAUCCGGAUGAGUACCGCCGGUCUUUGAAAAAGUAUAGCUAUGACGGGUAUUGA